CUCACCCUCUUUCCCCUUAUAUCCUCACAUCAUGCUUUGUUUUUUUCUUAACCAAUUAUAUCAACUUCUUUUCACAUUCUCUUGCUUUCAAUUCUUUCUUUUCAUACAAUUCCCACCUCAAAUUCUAGCAUAUAAAGAUAAAAAUACAUGGGGUUGAGCAGCAAACAAGUUUCUAGUGAUCAUCUUGAGUUCAGCUGGAGUACUCAAAACAUGCUACUAACAUCAGGCAACAUGCAAUCAUCAUCAAACCAACGUUCAACACCGAUGAAAAGAUCGCUACAAACACAACAAUCUGAUCCUUUAAAGUGUCCAAGAUGCGAUUCGACAAACACUAAGUUUUGUUACUACAACAACUACAACAAGACGCAGCCGCGACACUAUUGUAAAGCGUGUAAGAGGCAUUGGACCAAAGGUGGCACUCUUCGCAAUGUCCCCGUUGGUGGUGGCCGGAAAAACAAGCGUGUCAAACGCCCUAACACCGCCACCACCUCAACAACCACCAACAUGAAUCACAAUUUAGGGUUGAGUGAUCAGAAAUACAUGUUCCCAGAUGAUAAAGGUUUGUUUUUUAAGCCAAAUGAUAGUGCAUUUGAUCAAGUUUCUUGGGAUUUUAAUGGUAGUUUCACCAAUGCCACUACCACUAUGCAACAAUUACCUCAUCAAAAUUUAGGGUUUUCUAUGCAUUCAAACUUGACUUCCAAUAAUGAUACAAUUACAAACCCUAUUCCAACCAUUCCAACCUCUUAUACACCAUUCUUAUCUUGUUUAAAAGAUGAUUCAACCCUCACAACAACAAGAAUGAUGAUGCCGAAUUCUUCGGCUGUUUCGCAACCAUGGAUGCAAGCUCCAACCACAAGCAAUUUCUUGGAACCUAGUUAUUGGACAUGGAAUGACAUUGAUUCAAUGGUUCAAGCUGAUCUGAAUAAACCCUUUGAUGAUCCACUCAUGAAAAACUAAAUGGAGGUGAGAUUGAGAUUAAAAUUAACCAAAUUUAGAUUAUUUAAUUUGUUUUAGGGUUUCUUUUUUCUUUUCUUUUUUUUUUUUGUAAGUAAUUGUGGGUGUCUGGAUGUAUACUGUUGUUGAAGCUGUGGUUUCUUUUAGUAUUUCAGCUUCAUGGUUUUAAUUAUGUACUCUUUUUUUGUGAAUC